AUCCUGGUGAUGUGGAUCAUCAUCAUGACUUGGACGACAGAUGUUGCAUUGGCUAUCAAGGACUAGUCAGAAUCAUAAUCAUGUAAAAUUGGGAUUUUUAUUAGCAUUCUUCAUCAUCUGCUAAAAGUCUGUGACCUCAAUUUAAUAUGAAGUGUUUUAGAAAGAGAAAAUUUGUGUUAUGUGCAUUAACGUGUAAUUUUACUUUUGUGAUAGUCCUUUACUAUUUUCUUCAAACUGAAAGAAUUAUCGAUACUGUGAAAAAGAUUGAUCCGACAUACUCAGUGGUCAUUCGAGAGUUUGAGGAUUAUGACAAUGAUGUGCCACAAACAGUUCGCCAUAUACAUGAAGUGCUAGGAAAUCAUGUGCCAAUAUUCAUUGUGACAGACCAUCCUACAUAUCCAAAAAUCGAUUUCAUUUCAAACCACAAGGUUCAAGCCAUGUUUAUUCUGGACUUCGAUUUAGACAGUAAAAAACAUACAGAUGAUGAGGUUUUAGAUGCUAUAACAACAGAUUUUGUUAUUUUCAUACCAGAUGGUGCUAGAAUUUAUAAUAAAUCUGUUUUUGAACGCCUUAUUCAUGAUUUUGAUAAUUCCAAGUUUGCACAUGCAUUUGCUGUUAAAACUGGCAGGGAUAAGCUUAGAUGCCCAGGGAUGCAUAUUAACUUACAAAGGUGGCGGUUGAAAAUAACAGAAUUUGAAGGCUAUGAAGGAUUGUGUGAUUAUAUAGAAGGUGAUCAAGCUGUUUUAUUGCACACAGUGAUAUUAGCAGAACUGCCAAGUCCAUGGUCAAUCCCUUUAACUAAAUCAUUAUAUCUACAGUUUGUUGUUAAGAGGUGGAAAUCAUUUGUGUAUACCCCUGAAGUAUUUAUACCUCGGAAAGGGUUCAAGGAUCCCAGUAGCAUGCAGCGAUUUAAACAUGAAGAGGAAAAAAGAGAAGAUAAGUUAUUUAGAAAAUUUAAAAUUAAAGAACUAGUGAAUAAGAUUGAUGCUGACCAUGAAAAAAGUCAUUAUUAUGGCUGUAGCAAGGGAACAGAGCGAUGUUACAGCUCUGUAAUUAAUAACAUUCCAGAUUUCUUGUACCACGGGAAAUGGACCCCUCCAUGCUGCCUCAAGGCUCUCCGUGAAACAGCUCAACAUGUCUUUAAAAUAUUUGAUAGUACAAAUGUGCGAUAUUGGUUGGAGGGUGGGAGUUUGCUGGGUGCGGCACGGUCUGGCGAUAUCAUUCCAUGGGAUACAAGUGUUGAUAUAGGAAUAUACAAAGAAGAUAUCCAGAAAUGUAAAGAGUUAGUUAAGACAGGUAACUAUGAAUAUGUUGAUGAAAAGGGAUUCUUAUGGGAAAUAGCAGAAGAGGGUGACUUUUACCGAGUACAUUAUAGUCGUGUAAAUAGAAACUACAUUCAAAUUUUCCCAUUCUACUCAAAAAAUGGUGUCAUGACAAAAGAUUAUUGGUUUAAAACCCACAAACAAGACAUUGAAUUUCCAGAGCAUUUUCUUGUUCCUCUGUCAUCUAUUGAUUUUAUUGGCAGAAACGUGUCAGCACCAAAUGAUGUAAAAGAAUUUUUGGAAUUAAAGUUUGGGAAAGGUGCAAUUGAAAAUCAUCAGUAUCCAAAUGGUGAGCCAGUUUAUUAACUUGUUUAUGUAAAAUGGUUGUCCACUUCUUUGUCAUCCUAUUUCCUUUAAAAGAUAUUAAUAGUAUUUUAUUUGGCUAUUAACUUGUACUUAGGUUUUGUGUUGUCUUGAAUGUUUUGACAUAUGAGAUAGUUUUACUCUAUUACAUGUUGGAUGUGUAUGUAUGACUUAUGUGAUAUAACCCAACACAUAUCAUGAAUAUACAUGUAUGUGUAUAUAUAUAUACAAUGUAUAUAUAUUAUAUCCGUGAUUUCAAUGUUAUUUAACUUUUCAUAGCAUGAUAUAUAAUACUCUUUUUUCAUAUUGUACAACAUAUCAAUAACUUGCCAUCAGGAACAGCUGGACUUUGCUUUAUUGCAUCCAAUAU